UUACACUCUCAUUUUCCCUAAAAUGGGGUUGUGAGUUUUGACAAGAGAAGUUAUUCCUCGUCGUAUACCCUUCCGACCACCGUAAAAUCUCACUCAAAUGGACUUGCAGGUAUUGGCCGACGCUGCCGAUGGUCUUUCCGCCAUGGAAACUGUGCCUGAAGCAGUUGGUUCUCCUGAAGAAGAUUAUGAAAUUGCUGAUGGUGACUCAUUGGACUUUGAUUCUUGGACUUCACUCAUUUCAGAGAUUGAGAAAACCAACUCGGACAACAUAAAAGCAAUAUCAUCAGUAUAUAAGUCAUUCCUCUCUCAGUUCCCAUUGUGUCAUGAAUAUUGGAAGAGGUAUGCAGAUCACAUGACAAGGCUUUCUACAAUGGAAAAAGCUGUUAAAAUCUUUGAAUGUGCAGUGGAAUCUGCAACAUAUUCUGUUGGAUUGUGGGUUGAUUAUUGUAGCUUCAGUAUGCUUGCUUUUGAAGAUCCACAUGAUGUUCGUCGAAUAUUUGAAAGAGGGCUCUCUUUUGUUGGAAAAGAUUUCUUAUCUCAUAAAUUAUGGGAUGUGUACAUCAGAUUUGAGUUAUCUCAACAGCAAUGGACUUUCCUUGCUCACAUUCUUAUUCGUGCUCUAAAAUUCCCAACAAAGAGUUUACACAAAUAUUAUGACAAUUUUAAAGAAUUUGCUGCUUUUGUGGAAGAGGACAUGUCAUGCUCAAAAAGUCGCAACCUUGAACCCUACACAGAUGAUUCAACCAUAGAAUUCGCCACAUCAGAUGAUAAAAUCUUGAAUACCAUUAAAAAGCUGCAACAUUCCUCGAGUGUUGAGCAAAGGUCUAAAGCCCUAAAUAAACUACUCACCAUUGGUGAGGGGUUUUAUCGUAAAUCAUGCAAAUUGCACGAAGAAAUAGAUUACUUUGAGAAUUACAUGGAGAGGGACUUUUUUCAUGUGGAGCCACUUGAAGAUGAAGAGCUGGAAAAUUGGCAUAAUUAUUUGGAUUUCAUUGAGAAGCAAGAGGAUUUUGAUUGGGCUGUGAAGGUGUACGAAAGAUGCUUAAUUCCAUGUGCUAAUUACCCUGAAUUCUGGAUGCGAUAUGUGGAGUUUAUGGAAUCCAAAGGGGGAAGAGAAAUAGCAAAGUUUGCUUUAGAAAGAUCCACACGAGUAUUUUUAAAGGAUGUAUCAGAGGUGCAUAUAUUCAAUGCAAGAUAUAGAGAGAAAAUAGGAGAUAUUGAAGGAGCUCGUGCUGCAUUUCAACUUUGUGAUACUUCUGAAUCUGAUUCAUCUUUCAUUGAAACUGCAAUAAAAGAGGCUAAUAUGGAGAAACGUCUGGGAAAUUUGGAUACAGCUUUGGACAUUUAUAAAAAAUCACUCAAAAUGGCAGCAGAAAAGGAGAAGAUGCAUAUUAUCCCUAUACUUUAUAUUCACUUUUUCCGCCUCAAAUACCUGAUCACUAGUAGUGCAGAUGCUGCAAUGAACUUACUAAUAGCAGGUGUCCAACAAGUGCCUCAUUCCAGAUUACUUCUAGAAGAAUUGAUUAAUUUUGCAAUGACACACGAAGGAUCAAGACAUUUGAAAAAAAUGGACCGAAUUAUGGCGACUACUAUAACUUGUGAAUCAGAAAGUUUAAGUUCCAAAGAUCGUGAGGAUUUGUCAAAUUUGUAUUUGAAGUUUGUCGACCACUGUGGGACCACAAAUGACAUAAAAAAAGCAUGGAAUCGUCACAUAAAAUCUUUCCCUUGCCUAAUACGAAGACCUACCUCUUCACACAAACAACCCUCUGUGGUUCAUAAUAUUGACCAUUUUGCCCCUCCUUCACCUAAUAAGAACCCCAAAAAUCAAGAACAUGAAGUUAUAUCUGAACCAAAACCAAAUGACCUACAAAUAUUACAAAAAUCGGAUCAAAACACAACCGAUGAAGCUGAAAUGCUUGAGAAGACGGUUUCUUCCGAGAAAGAACCUAAUCCCACCGCCCUUGAGGAUACUCAACCGCCUGUAACCGCCAGUGAAAACUCCUCUCCGGUCACCGGAACCACCACCAACCACCACGAAACCGAAAAAGGUUUCUCACAUCAACAAAAUACUGAAAACCCUAACCCUACAAAAGAAAACAAGGGAACUGAACCGGUUGAGCCUGAACCACCGGCUCAACCGAUGGUUCAGUAUCCUAUGCAAAAUACUGAACCACCGGAGCUUGGUGGUCAGAACACACAAGCUUACAAUCAAAUGUGGCAAUAUCAAUACCAACAGAAUCAUAAUCAGCAACAAUGGCUGCAAAUGCAACAGUCUUAUGUAAUGCCGCCAGAGCCGCAGCGGCUGCUGCCACAACAACAAGCUUAUGUUCAGCAGCAGUAUCAGUUGUAUCAACAGCAGGAACAAUACCAACAGUAUUGGUAUCAGAUGUAUCAACAACAACAACAGCAACAAGGAUAUAUUAAUAUGCAACAAUAUCAACAGGGUCAAGUUCAAGGGAUGAUGCCACCAAAUACGGGCUUUGAUCAAUACACACAACAACCGGUGGGUCCACGUGUACCAAUAAACAUCGCGUCUCCAACUAAUCCCCAUCGAUCUUCCCAUGGGGGCUCGUCACACCCUACAAAAUCUCCGCGUUCUUCGUCUUUGGAGAGAACUCUCCAUACUUGA